CACUAGUCUAGUGAACAGUCUCCUAAUGUCAUCACAUCCAAAAUUACAUCUUUUACAGAAGCAGUAAAACCAAUAACAAAGACGGUUUGCACAUCGCUGCUGAAAACACGAUGCUACAGUCGCUGCUCCGUUGUAUCAAACUGAAGAGGACAGUGCUGUUGCUGAUCUUCAUUAUCACCGUGCUUUUAACAGUUAAUUUCCAGUUUGUCUCAAAGCUAGACUACAGCAUCCUGGAGAUAAAACAUCCAGAAAUUGACGAGUCAUGCAACUGUACGAAGAUCCUGAAGCAAGACAGAGAAGAGAUGGAGCGUUCAAAGCUACAAGCCAUGACAAAGAGCUUCCGGAAUGAGACGCAGAUAACUGAGAAGCAGUAUAUUGAGUGGACUAGCAACUGUGAGAAGUUCAAAAUAACGCGCAAGUAUCUCACCUUUCCUUUGAGUUCCGAGGAAGAAGAAUUUCCCCUUGCAUACUCCAUAGUGAUUCACCACAAGAUCCAAAAUUUCGAAAGACUGCUUAGGGCCAUUUAUGCACCUCAGAAUUUUUACUGCAUCCACGUGGACAACAAAUCCGCACCAUUAUUCCAGGCGGCUGUAGCUGGAAUUGUCUCCUGCUUCGACAACGUUGUGAUUUCCAGCAAACUGGAGAAUGUAGUGUAUGCCAGCUGGAGCAGGGUCCAAGCUGACAUCAACUGCAUGAGAGACCUCUAUAACAUGAGCCCUCGUUGGAAGUACUUCAUCAACCUCUGCGGCCAAGACUUUCCAAUAAAAACCAACCUGGAAAUAGUGCGAAAACUUAAAAACCUUAAUGGGAAGAACAAUCUGGAGACGGAAAAAAUGCCUGCGGCCAAGGAGAUUCGGUGGAAAAAACGGUUUAAGAUUGUCAAGAAUGCUAUAGUGAAAACAAAUAUUAACAAAACUCCUCCACCAAUAAAAACUCCUGUAUAUUCAGGGGGAGCUUACAUCCUAGUGCUCAGGAAGUUUGUGCAAUAUGUGCUCACAGAUCCCACGGUCCAGCAGUUUAUUGAGUGGUCAAAAGACACCUACAGUCCAGAUGAGUUCCUCUGGGCAACAUUACAAAGGCAGUCCAAAGCUCCUGGUUCCAUCCCCAAAAGCUAUAGGUAUGAUGUAACUGAUGUGAACUCCAUUUCCAGACUUGUGAAAUGGGUGCAGUUUGAAGGGCAGGAGUCAGAUGGGGCAAUGUACCCUCCUUGUGAUGGGCAGCACAUCCGGGCUGUGUGUGUCUAUGGCGUCGGUGACUUGAGUUGGAUGUUGCAGCAACCCCAGCUGUUUGCCAAUAAGUUUGACUCAGACAUGGAUUAUUUUGCAGUGUACUGUUUAGAACAACACUUGCGACACAAGGCCCUGACGGCACUAGACUAGGUCACAUUGCAUUGAGUCACUGUUGACCCAAGCUGCUUCUACCUUUGCCUUGUUUACAGUUAUUUCAACUCAGGAUACACUGUAAUGCAGAUGAUAGACAUUUAAAACCAUGACGUGAAUACAUGACACGUGUCGACAUGAACGAUAUUAUUGUAUUAUUGUAUUAAUAUAUGAUAAUAACAGGGGGGCGCAGUGGGUUGGACCACAGUC